AUGGGAUACAUACAUGUUUGCCUAUUGAAUGGUUCAGAGCCUUCAUUGGUCUUAAUCGAUAGUAAUUGUGGGUACAUGCAACUGGUUGAUACAGUUAUAGCUGAGAUUAGAUUGGAUCUCACUGAAGUGGCAGUCACAAUGAAGUAUGUUUUGAAUAGUGAACUACCUCCAAUUGUGAUCAAGAAUGACAAUAAUGUGUUGUCAUACAUGGCGUUGAAAGAUAUGGAACGUGACCCAUCCAAAUAUCCAAUCAUCAUUGAGGUCACGGAAGAAGAUAGCCAACAGAACAAUGGAAUGUUACCAUUUGGUGUGGAACCCAGUGGACCAAAAUUUUCAUUGAUGGAUAUGUCAUCAGAUAUAUGCGGGACGAUAAUAGAACCAUUGUCUGACAACUAUGAGUAUGAGGUCACGGUUGUAUCGGUCACCAGCGCUAGGGACGUAGAGAUGGGAAGGGUUUUUCGUAACAAAGAGAUCAUGAAGCUGAGCUUGUCCCUUUAUGCGAUCCAAAACAUGUUUGAAUAUGUGGUUGUUCGUUCAGAUAAGAAAGACUAUCUUGUCAAGUGUUCAUAUGACGAGUGUGAUCGGAUCUGUAGAGCAUCUAGGGUGGCUAGAACGGAUUUGUUUAAAAUUAGGCAUAUUGUAGAACGUCACAGAUGUGCUUCUAACAUUAUACUUGGUUCUCAUAGGCAAGCAACAAAAGCAAUUGUGUCGCACUGCAUAAAAUGCAAGUACACAUCGUCACGCACUCUGUAUACCCCAAAUGAUAUACGUAAUGACGUGGUGCAUACGUAUGGAGUAUCGUUGAAUUAUGUGAAAGCGUGGAGGUCUCGGGAGGAAACUUUGAAACUGAUUAGGGGUGAUCCAGCAGAUUCUUUUAAUAAUAUACCAAGAUUCUUUGCCAUGUUGCAACAUACAAAUCUUGGAACGGUCACAGAUCUGGAGCUUGAUGGUCACAGUAGGUUCAAAUAUUGCUUCAUGGCGCUAGGCUCAUCAAUUCAAGGUUGGGGACAUUGUAGGCCAGUUGUUGUGGUUGAUGACACGUACUUAAGUGGACACUAUGGUGGGACGUUAUUUACGGCGUGUACACAGGAUGCAAAUAAUAGCAUAUACAUACUUGCUUUCGGGAUUGGAGAUAGUGAGAAUGAUGCCUCGUGGACAUGGUUCUUCGAAAAUUUGAGGAAGGCAUACGACUACAUAGAAGGGUUGUGCUUCGUAUCGGAUCGCCAUAAUAGCAUCAAAAAUGCUAUUGAGAAGGUGUAUCCAGGAACAUGUUAUGGAAUUUGUUCGUAUCAUCUCCUUCAAAAUCUAAAGUCACGUUAUGGAAAAUUGGGUAAAAAUAUAACACAAACAUUUAAUUCAGCUGUUCGUGCCUACACGUUGUCAGAAUACGACUACAACAUACAACAACUCGACACGAUUAAUGGAAAGAUAAAGAGUUACCUGGACGGUGUUGGGCCCGCUAAAUGGUCACGAUUCCACAUGCCAACGAAUCGAUAUUCUACAAUGACAUCGAAUAUAGUAGAGUCGGUUAAUGCGGUCACAAAAUCUGCCAAGAACUAUCCCAUUGUUGCGCGUAUUAAUCAGGCAAUGUUCUCAGCCAGCUGUGCAAAAUUAACUUUUGUUGUUGAUAUAGAAGGACAUACAUGCACGUAUAAGAUGCUUCAAGUUGAUCAACUACCGUGUCCACACGCUCUGGCUGUGAUUGCAAGUGUGAAGAUGGAUCCAUAUGAAUUUUGUUCAUAUUAUUACACGAGAGAAGCAUACAAGAAUACUUACAACGAAACAAUUUUCCCUUUAGGAAAUCCAAAUGAAUGGAUAGUGCCCAAAGACUUUGAGAACAUAGUCGUUUUACCACCUAAUCAAAAGCGAAGUUGCGGAAGGUCUACUAAGAAGAGGUUUAGAUAUGCAGUUGAAGAUAACAUAACUGUCAAAUACGGUCGUUGCGGUGAAAGUGGUCACAAUCGCAGACCUUGUAGCAGUUUGGUUCCAUUAAGUCAGAUUUAA